CAAUUUGGUACUAGAGUACGCGAUUGUUACUUGCUGUUGCCGUGUUUGGCGAUAUCAGCGAUCUCGUUGAGUCAGUUCCUUUGUUAAAGCGUGUAUAAUCUGUUCUUAGGAAUAAUAAUUUACAUUUAAGAUCGCAUCAAGAUGUCACAAAUUUCCAUGAAACCGGGGCCUCAGCUGCAAAAGGUCGACCUAACGAGCUUAAAUCUCCAACAGCUGACGAUGUUAAAACAGCAAUUGGAUCAGGAGCUUGGGUUAUUUCAGGACUCUUUGCACACUUUAAAGAUCGCACAGAGCAGAUUUCAAGAAUCUGGCGCUUGUCUCGAGAAAAUUACACCUGCUGCUCAGGGCAAUGAAAUAUUAGUACCUUUGACAAGUUCCAUGUAUGUGACUGGCAAACUAGCAGAUGCGAAUAAUGUACUUGUGGACAUCGGUACCGGUUACUACGCAGAGAAAGGUAUCGAAGAUGCAAAGGACUAUUUCAAGAGAAGAGUGGAAUAUGUCACAGAGCAAAUGGAAAAGAUUCAGCAGCUUGGAGUGGAGAAGAACAAGAUGAGGGAAGCGACGAUGGAUGUGAUGGAAAUGAAGAUCCAUAGUCAAAUGCAGAAGGAGAAUGCAGAGCGUGCGUGAAGUGUUAGAUCUUGAAUGAAAUACAUGUUCAUGCGUUCGUUAAUAAUAAAUUAAGAACGUACUCCGCACUAAACGUUCGUCUUACAACUAACGAUCGCUCUUACGUAAAGUCGAGAGAGACAGUACGAUUACUCGCUAACGAACUAUCCGUUAAUUUGCGCUAAUCACCUAAAAACGUUCUCUAGAACGAAAAUGAGGGGAACGCUGGAAGGAGACACGAUAGGUUUCAUUGUACUGAAGAUCGAAGUAACGAAGGCGAAUCGUUUAUUCGUAUAUCAUUGAAAUAAAAUGUCAUUUAUAAACAAUAACAGUGUUCAUCUAUAAUCAUGACAGAACACGUUCGCGUCGAACUAUAGAUGUCGCAGGGGAGGUAUCAAAAAAUCAUCGCCGGAGGAUAGAAAAGACGGUACAUUGAUCUGUCGUCAAAUAAGUCGUUUUGGCAGUUUGGCGCGACACUUAGUCGGUCUAUUACAUAAUAAUACGACACGUUAUUCGGAUUACAAUGUUCGUCCGCGUCGGCGGACAUAGAUCGCGUACACGUAGAUAAGUCGCUAAUUUCUGUGUGUUUUAUUUUUUCUUUUAUCCUAUUUACACGAAUAACAUACGCUUGGUAUUUAUUUCAA